GACUUUGCACAAAAUGGGGUCAUGUGCAUUUGGCUGUGCGACCCGGGAAUUAGGCUCAAAACUCCGCACAACCCGAUCCGCCAUGUGGCUGCAGGCCCCGGCCGCGGUAGUACUUGGGUAUAUUGAUUUCAUAUUUUCCCGCCGCCCGCCUGCUGCAUUCCCGCCUCGCUUCCCGCUGUCCUUGCCUGGUUCUCCAGUCUGUCGGGUCCGUUCUAGGCUUCGGCUCCAACCAUGAGCCCGCCUCGAUGAUGAACAGCGUCGGGCGCGAAGCAACCACCACAACCGCCGCCCAAGAUGACGACAAUGGGGAUUCCGCCAUCUUCUCGCAGACCAACGUCGCCAUCUGGGUCUUGACAUCUGCCUCCGGCGCCUUCCUCGCCGUCCGCCUGUGGUGCCGACACCGAUUCUCGAAGCUGUGGUGGGACGACUAUGUGCUCUCUCUAUCAUGGGCCAUCCUGCUGGUCGCGGCCGCCCUGAUGAGCCGCACGAUUUCGUCUGGCUAUGCCACCGAUGAUGACAAGCGCCGCUUCUUCCUCUUCCAAAACACGGCGACCUCGAUGACCACGCUCGCAACUGCCUGGACCAAGAUCGCCUUUGCCAUCACCCUGUGUCGCAUCGUCCGGAACCGCUAUCUCCUCGCCUUCCUUGCCUUCGUCAUUGUCACGGCCAAUUUGAUCCUCAUCCCGGGCAUGAUGUCCAUCUGGAUCCCCGCUUGCGAAGACCCCCGAGCCUUCCUGCGGCCCGAGCAUAUCCUCUGUUAUAGGCUCAGAGAUCUCCAAUAUCUCGGCGGCACGACGAUUGUGUACGGCGGCGUCAUCGACGUCUUGCUUGCCCUGUUUCCCUGGUUCAUCAUCCGGAGGCUGCUGCUCGAGACCCGGGAAAAGGUCGGCCUGACACUGGCCAUGAGCCUCGGCGCCAUAACAGGCAUCAUCGUCAUCUUCCGCGCCUUCUUGCAGUUCAGGGACAUCGACAACGAUUAUCAUUUCAUGGUCUUCAUGUCCAUCUUCAACUUUCUCGAGCCGGGCGUUACCAUCAUCGCCCAGGCUAUUCCAAUGUUUCGCGUACUGGUUGUCACCGUCAAGAGAGGCUCAAGUGCGGUUCGUAUCAGCUCGCCGUCGGGAAGGCACGACACCAAUUCGGCGCCAAUACGGUCCUGGAAUAAUAAUAGCAAGAGAGGUAGCAGGGCGCACAACCGAUUGGAAGUGAAUGAGGAACUACUGCAAGUGUGUCUCGGCCCAGGAGGCCGCACCGUUCAUGCAUCGAGGCCACAGGGCUCCGAUGAUGAUCUCAAAAUAUAUGAUGGAAGGGUGUAACGGCAAAAGAAAAACUAAUGAUACCUUAUUUCCAUUUUUCAGCGCGCUUCAGGGCUAUUCUUCGAUUCAUUCUCGGUUAAUUGCACGCGAGGAGAUAUCAUCCGGUUCCGCCUUGCAUCACUCGCUCACGAGUCGCACUAAGGGCUCCUCGCGACGAGUAGGGCGCGCCU